CCUCGCUGUUACAUCACAGCCUGUUCGUGUUCAUCUCCUCUGAUCUCACUGAGGGAGGCGAUGCAGAGGCAGCUGCAGGCUCUGCCUCCACAAACACAGAGCACACAUUCGCUGAAAUCCAUGACAAAAAUAUCUGCUUUGCAGGUGAAGAUGCGCCGGCUUCAGACUCAGCUUUCUCGCUUCCCGUAUUUGUCCAGUUUCUAGGUCUGCGCUGUGCAUUACAGUCAGCUGAACAUGUUCACGCAGCGCAGCAGCCUAUCCAGAGCCUCCGAUCCCCCUCCUCUCUGCAGGCAGAGCGCAAAAAUCGCUCCAUAAAUUCUAUUUGGGCGCAUUAGCGAGCAGGAUGGCGCUCUUGCUGUCAGCACCGCGGACAGCUCCCAGCAGCUCUGACAGAAAAGGGAAAGUUUGAUUUUUGGUUUUGCUUAUUUGCAAAGGCGUCACGUGUCUGAUCCCGGUCGAUCGGAGCUUUGGGAUGAUGUGACUCCGUCCAGGUGUCGGUGGAAGCUGUGCGCUAGUCACUGCAGCCACAAAGGGAAAUUUAAAUUCUGGAUCAUCCUAACUGCUAUUAAACAGGACUUUGUCGUCCAGUCGCCUUCCUCCUCCUCCUCCUCCUCCUCCUCCUCCUCUGCGGCGACAAUCAAGAUCUAGGAGCAAAAUAAAAAGGUAACAGCCUCGGCCUGCAGUGACUGGAACCCGGAGGAGGAGUGCGUGUCUCUCAGCGUCUUAAUUACACCGGUACAGGGAGACAUGGAGGAGCGCAGUGAGAAUUCACCCGGGGCCGCUUCGGAAAGGAGAAAUGAAGCUGUGUUCAAGAAAUAGUGUUGCCUAGUUUUUGCUUUCCAAGCCUUUUAGUUUUUCUUUCGGCGUACAGCGCCUGUUAUGAAGAUGCUGGUGCUCCUGGUGACGAUGUCUUCAGUCGUUUUCAGCCCCGGCUUUGCUCUCAGCUCCCAUUUCAGCUCAGAUGGCACUGCGCUGACUGAGCUAUCCUGGUCAUCAUCCCUGGCUGUAGUGGCCAUCUCCUUCUCGGGCCUCUUCACCUUUGUCUUCCUCAUGCUGGCCUGCCUCUGCUGCAAGAAGGGCAAGAUUGGCUUCAAGGAAUUCAAAAAUGUGGACGGGGAGGAGUACCAUGCAGACAUGUCCACCUUGGCCUCGCCGGCCUCCCAGGGCAGCCCUGACGUCUACAUCCUGCCGCUGACUGAGAUGUCACUGCCGGUCGCCAAGCAGCCUGCUCGAUCAGUCCAGCUCCUGAAAUCCACAGAUCUCAGCCGCCACGGUCUUCUCUACCUGAAGGAGAUCGGGAAGGGCUGGUUCGGGAAGGUUCUACUGGGGGAGGUGAACACAGGACUUAAUACCACCCAAGUCGUUGUGAAGGAGCUCAAAGCCAGCGCCAGCGUGCAGGACCAGAUGCACUUCCUGGAGGAAGCGCAGCCUUACCGUGCCCUCCAGCACCCGGCCCUGCUGCAGUGUUUGGCCCAGUGCACUGAGGUCACUCCCUACCUGCUGGUGAUGGAGUUUUGUCCACUGGGGGAUAUGAAGGGUUACCUCAGAAGCUGCAGGACUGCAGAAACCAUGACGCCAGAGCCCUUGAUUCUUCAGCAGAUGGCCUGUGACAUUGCCUCAGGACUCCUGCACCUGCACAAACAUAACUUCACACACAGUGACCUGGCUCUGAGGAACUGCCUGUUGACUGCUGAUGUCUCAGUGAAGAUCGGAGAUUAUGGCCUGUCCCACACCAUGUAUAAGGAUGAUUACUAUGUGACGUCGGAUCAAAUGUAUGUGCCACUGCGCUGGAUCGCUCCAGAGGUGGUGGAUGAGGUGCAUGGAAACCUGCUGGUGGCGGAUCAGACCCAACAGAGCAACAUCUGGUCUCUGGGCGUGACUAUCUGGGAGCUAUUCGAGCUGGGCAACCAGCCCUACAGACACUACUCCGACAGACAAGUACUGACCUACGCUGUGAGGGAGCAGCAGCUGCGACUGCCCAAACCGCUGCUCAAUGUGCCCUUGGCUGAGCGCUGGUAUGAGGUGAUGCAGUUCUGCUGGCUCCAGCCUGAUCAGAGACCCAAUGCAGAGGAAGUCCACUUGUUGCUCAGCUAUCUGUGUGCCAAGGGGGCCAGUGAGGCAGAGGAGGACUUUGAGCGGCGCUGGAACUCCAUGCGCCCCAAUAAUGGAUUCACCAACCACCGUAGUGACUCUGCAGUGUCACGAGACCACACCUCAUCAACCACCUCCUCGUUUCCUCUCCUGGAGCAGUUUUCAACAAGUGAUGGCUACCACUCAGAGUCCGGGGAUGACAUACUAACAGUCACUGAGACCAGCCAUGGCCUGAACUUUGAGUACAAGUGGGAGCAUGCCAGGGCAGACCAGUCGUACAGAGUACCGGACUCCUCCAGUACCAUGGGGCAGGUCAGCCAUCACUGUCAGGAAGCUUUUUACCCACCAGGGGGCAUUGGUGGAGGCUGCCCCUUGGAGAGCCUCAGCCAUGGAAUUUCUCCUUCUUACUAUCAACCAAAACAUCUACAUGCUCCGGGCCUACUUCCUGUCCUCAGUGCCCAUAGCCCCUCAGUAAGCAGUGAAUACUACAUCCGCAUUGAGGAGCCAAUGGACUGUAACAUUGAUCAGGACUAUACCAUGUGCUCCUAUAGCCCAGACUACCAGGGCAGCAGUGGGAGCUUCCUUACUGGGAGUGCAGACUCAGGUGAGUGCAUGGCCUGCCCAUCCAAGGCUAAAACCAUGGGUCCCUAUUGGUCAGCAGACAUCCAUAAGUCAGAUGCAUACGACUCCAAUGACUCAAGUCCUGCCAUUUCGCUGACAAUGGAGCCACUUUUAGGGCAAGUGUCAGACAGCAGCCCCCUACAACCCUGGAAGUCCAGUCACUACGUGUCAUAUAAAGACAGAGAUGGGGGCUACUACUAUGAGCAUUCACCACCUUUGGGAAUAGAUCACUAUCUGAUUGGAGGGGAGCACUCUAGUGAGCAUCAUCAGGAAAGUUGGGGGUCAAGGAGCUUGCGUCAGGCCUUGGGUGAACUGGAGAACCCACUCGGUAUAUCUCCCUCUGUAAGCAGUCCACCUCAGCAGGCCUACAGAGAUUCAUAUCUGGACACAAGUCAAACCUCCAUCAUAGGAAAGAACAUAAGUGGGGGCUACUACGAUAUGAUGGGCUCCCUGAGGAAAACUAUGCCAAGCCACAGCAGCCACUCCAUCCAUAUCGACAUGGAGACAGAGGGGGCGCUCUUCAUGGGGCACAGAGACAGUGAUACAGAGGAGGAAGAGGAGGAGGACAUAUUUAUUGAGAGACAUACCUGCAACACUUGGCCAUCAAAGCACCACCACAGCAGUGUGGGUCACCACAGACGAGCAAGCCACAGCUGCAGACAGGAUGCUUAUGUAGAUUUCCACUACACAAUGCCAAGUACAGACAUAGAAGACUCCUGGCCAGAGCAGCACAGCCUGGCCUUCCACUCUCUACCCAAACACACCGACUAUCUCGAGCACCACCAGGCCAAAGACAAUAGUGCCUGUCUUAAUCUGAGUAACCACCACACAAUGGUGCCUUCAGACAACUGCAACACCUACAUCUACUUGUGCCAUGAGGCUGAGACACAAGCGCCAGCAUCUGGAGAGUGCUGCCACUCACACUUUAUAGAUCCACUCACUGGCUUGCUAAUCAGAAACAACAGCUAUAGUCACAGCUGCAGUCACAGUAGCUACACCAGAGAUAAGCUCACUGACAUCCCCAGUAAUGAGGAGAUGAUCAAUCUGUCACCGGCUCCAGGGGGUCCCAUUGUGUCCAAACCUACCUUUAUAAAGACUGAGGACAGUGGAGAACGGUACGUUGACCUUACAAUUGAUGAUACCCCCUUCAAAGAGAAGAUGCAGGAAGUAAUCAAGGAAAAUCUAAUCAUGCAAAAACCGCCAGAGCCAAAAAUAGAAGAGGUGACCCUGACAAUGACUAAAGCCACUCCACCUCCUCCUGACAACAUGCACAUGAUGGUGGCCCUCACAGAUCCGCAGUCAGAGUUAAGUCACACUGGCGACAGCGGGGUUGACCAAGGCGGCUCCAGUGUUAGCCUCGCUGACAUCCUCGACUGCAGUGAUGAUGAUGAGGAGGAGGAUGAUGACAUCACAGAUGAUAUCACCGACGUUACCUCGGGCAUCUUUGCCGAUGAGGCCAGCGAGCUGAAUGCUUCUCCUGCCUUCAAGUCACUACAGAAGCAGGUAGGAACCCCUGAUUCCAUGGAUUCUAUGGAUCUACCAUCUGCAGCCGGGCCUUGCGAAGGAUUCAGCCCUGCAUCAUCACACCCUGCUAGUUCACCAAAAGCUAUGGACAGUGGCUAUGACACAGAAAAUAAUGAGAGCCCUGAGUUUGUACCCAAAGAGCCUCACGAACCCCGUGAACAACCUCUGGGAAAGCAACAAGACAGAGGCCUGGGGGAUGAUGGAGUUGAAACUGAAGUGGUGCCCACAGAAGGUGAACCACCAGUGGGUGAAGAUUUGGUCUCAGAAACCUCGCAGACAGGCGACCACAUCCUUUUGCCAUUGAGUGAUAACACCCCAUACAGAGACUCUGCCUACUUUUCAGACUAUGAGAAUGAAAGGCAGUCAAGGGACGAAGGGCAAGAGCUGUCAGAGCGAGUUAUAGAUGAACCAAAUGUUGAAGAGGAACAGCAAAUGGGAGAAAAGAAGGGUGAGAAAAGGAAGAGUGAAGAAGAGGAAGAAGUAAAGGACAAUGUAGCAAACAAAGACAUAAAACUUGAAAAUAAAAAGACACUGACAGGAGGAACAGAAUCCUUUUCUCCCCCAGAGACAGAAGCAUGCUUGACAGAGGAGUGUAGCUACCAGGAUGAGGAACUGGGGCUACUUCUGGAGUCUUCUGACACUGCUUCAAUAAUGGAAGGAGGACUGGAUGAAUGGCCAUCCCAGGAAGAGAGCUCAUCCUUGGGAGAUUGGGCAGCAGAGGUGGUGGGGGCCAUGGAAGAAGCCCUCGGUGCACUGAAUGGAGACUGUACCUCCAUCAAAUUAGAGGAGGAGGAAGCAGAGGACAGGGAAGACUCUGUACAGGCUUUAGAGGCAACAGAAGAGUCAGUGAUCAAGGCUAUUCAAAACAGGCCUUCAGGGAUAUCUAGCGAGAUCCCGCACAGUUUACCCAAAGAUGAGGUGGCCUUGCAGCACAUGGCAGCCAGGCGAUUUUCUUUCUCCUCUUCUCCACCUCCACCCAACCCUCUGCUCCCUGAGACAGUGGGCCGAGGGUCUCCGGCUGAUGGGGAAGAGGCUGACGAGGAAGGUGGUGACACUGACGACAGUGACGAGUCAGAUGAGGAGCUGCGAUCCUAUAGUGUGCAAGAACCGAGUGGGGAAGAGGAGAGCGAGGAUGAGUGCCACCUGGUGCCCAUUGUGGUGAGCGACAACAGUGAAGCCCACAAACUGCGCAGCCUCUUGAAGAUGCCAGUCCUGCUCACAGUUGAAAACCUGGAGGAUCAACUUGACCGCAAGAAGAAGAAUGUGUCUUUUUUUGAUGAUGUCACCGUCUAUCUCUUUGAUCAGGAGAGCCCAACUAAAGAGCUGGCUGAGCAUGGCUUCCCUUUGGGAACAGAGGGUCAGAGUUCACAUAGCAAAUCAGACAAGGUUAAUGCCUCCGAUGACUCUUCAGAUGGGAACAUCUCAGAAGAGAGUGCAGGGUAUGAGUGGGAGGAUGACUUCUCCCUGCUCCCCCUACCAACAUCCUCGGGGCCAUCCGACUCCCCUCCUCGCUCUGUCACCAAGGCCCCGGACGCCAAACCAGCCGUGCAGUUCUCCCGGUUCACUGUCUCCCCAUCCAGCGUGUCCCGUUUCUCCAUCACCCACAUCUCUGACUCUGAAGGAGGGAGCAGCGAGGAUGGGGACAAGGAGUAAGGAGCUGUGGAUAUCUACUGCCUCUCUGACAACGACUUGGCCCACUAGCAUGACUUCGGAGUUUUGUUUUUUAUCAGGUUUUAGAAACACAAGACCGUGCCUCUUACUGCCUGUGGACACUUUUGGAAGGGCCGUAUUACCACGGUGUAGGACUGACCUAAGCUGUUUAGAAUAAAAAGACAAGUAGAGUUAAUAUACAACAUUAACAGAAUAUUAAUAUAUACUGUAUGUCUGAUGUAAAGAAUCAGUGAAAGCACGGGAGAUGAGUAUGUUGAAUUCUAUUUUUCAGAUUAAAGAGAAAAUGGUGGAGACAUACCUCUGGA